AUGGCUUGUUUUGAAUAUUUACAUCUUUACGUCGAACAUCAGGUGUAUCUUCGUCGUGAACUGGUCUGCUGGGGUGACUCCGUCAAGUUGAAUUAUGGAGAAAAGCCUGAGGAUUGUCCUUUCUUGUGGAAUUACAUGAAGGAGUAUUCACAAGAAUGCGCACGUAUCUUUCAUGGUUUGCGUAUUGACAAUGCACAUAGCACUCCCAUUCACGUCGCAGAGUAUCUGCUGUUGGCAGCUCGAGAGAUCCGUCCUGACCUCUAUGUGUUCGCAGAACUUUUCACUGGAAGUGAGGAUAAAGAUAAUAUGUUUGUCAACAGAUUGGGCAUCUCAUCCCUUAUUAGAGAAGCUCAAGCAGCUCACGACAGCCACGAACAAGGAAGGCUUGUGUACAAAUAUGGUGGAGAUGUGGUUGGCGCGAUGAUCCAAGAGCCAGUUCGUUAUGCACCUGCUUCAAUUGCUCAUGGGCUCUUUCUGGAUCAAAGCCACGACAAUCCGACACCUAUCCAGGUAAGAAGCGCGAUCCACACGUUGUCU